AUGCAUAUAAGAACGGAGUCACGCCCUCUCUGCUGCCAGGGUAUCUGCAAUCGUAAAAGUCAGUGUAGUCAUACUAUGAAACAGUUCUUUUCUUUCAAUGUCCGCCGUUUACUCUCUCUCUCUCUCUCUCUCUCUCUCUCUCUCUCUCUCUCUCUCUCUCUCUCUCUAUCUAUCUAUCUAUCUAUUUCUCUCCCUACCUCUAUCUAUCUAUCUAUCUAUCUAUCUCUAUCUCUCUCUCCCUAUCUCUCUCUAUCUCUCUCCCUAUCUCUAUCUCUCUUUCUCCCCUCUCUUUAUAUCUCUCACUUCUCUCUCUAUCUAUCUAUCUAUCUAUCUAUCUAUCUAUCUAUCUAUCUAUCUAUCUCUCCCUAUCUCUAUCUAUUUAUCUAUCUAUCUAUCUCUCCCUAUCUAUCUAUCUAUCUAUCUAUCUAUCUAUCUCUCCCUAUCUCUCUCUUUCCCAUCUCUCUCUAUAUCUUUCUCUGUUUCCUCUCACUUUUUUCCCUUCUGGUUUUCUUGGAUGAUCUCACCCCGAAAUUCUUGCUUUCUUUCAUCUCUUUCUUUCUUUCUUUCUUUCUUUCUUUCUUUCUUUCUUUCUUUCUUUCUUUAUAUAUUUAUUUUACUUUCAUUUCUUGCUUUCUUUUACUUUUUCUUUUUUUGUAUUUUCCCUUCUUUUUUUUUCUUUCAUCUGUUUCUCUUUUUCUCGCAUCUUUUCUUUAUUUCUUCCACUUUUUAUUCUUUCAUUUUCUCGUUCCAUCUGGUUCUUUACUUUCUUUUUCGUCUUUUUCCAAUAUUUCUCUUCUCUCUCUCUCUCUCUCUCUCUCUCUCUCUCUCUCUCUUUCACUCCUUCUUUACAUCGUUUCAUACUUUCUUUUUUUUCUUUCUUUUUGGCGCCAAAAUCGAAAGUUAAAACCGGAAUCGAAGGCACGAACCACAACUCCAUCUUGUUAG